GGGCCUGCAUCCGGGCGGCGCCGGGCUGCGGUGAGGCGGAGAGCGGCGUGCGGAACCUACCAGGGCCAGUUCACCAACGGCAUGCGGCACGGCUACGGCGUGCGGCAGAGCGUGCCCUACGGCAUGGCUUCGGUGGUGCGCUCCCCGCUGCGCACCUCCCUGUCCUCCCUGCGCAGCGAGCACAGCAAUGGCACGCUGCCGCAGCAGGACUCCCCCGCCGCCCACCCCGAGAGCCUGCCCGCAUCGCCCACCAUCACCCGCGGCGGCUUCGCCCUCAGCCUCUACGCCGACGCCGAGGCCGGCAAGGUGAAGAAGGGGGGUCUGUUCCGCAGGGGCUCCUUGCUGGGGAAGCUGAAGAAGUCCGAGUCCAAGUCGUCGCUGGCCAGCCAGAAGAGCCGCGUCAGCUUCCUCAAGAGCGAGAGCGGGAUCAGCUCGGCCGCCAGCGAUGCCACCUCCACAGCCAGCCUGGGCGAGGGGGCGGAGGGAGAGGAGUACCCCCCCUUUGAGUCCGACAUCGACGCCACCACCACCGAGACCUACAUGGGCGAGUGGAAGAACGACAAGCGCUCGGGCUACGGAGUCAGCGAGCGCUCCAGCGGGCUGAAGUACGAGGGUGAGUGGCUGGACAACCUGCGGCACGGCUACGGCUGCACCACGCUGCCCGACGGCAAGAAGGAGGAGGGCAAAUACCGCCACAACGUCCUCGUCAAGGGCAUGAAGAAGCGCGUCAUACCUCUGAAGAGCGCCAAGAUCUGGCAGAAGGUGGAUCGGAGCGUGGAGGGGGCCCAGAGGGCAGCAGCCAUCGCCAGGCAGAAGUCGGAGAUCGCGGCAUCCAGGACAACUCAUGCCAAAGCCAAGGCUGAAGGCUCUGAGCAGGCAGCUCAGGCAGCUAACAACGAGUCGGGCAUAGCCAGGAUGAUGGCCAGGGAGCUCUCCCCAGACUUCUACCAGCCAGGCCCCGAGUACCAGAAGCGGAGGCUGCUGCAGGAGAUCAUGGAGAACGCAGAGCACGCCGUCAACAUGGAGGAAGCGACACCCCCUCAGCCCAAAGGUGCCCCGCCACCCCCAACACCCCCCGAGAGCCCCCAGCUGCACGAGCAGGACGAGGCCCCCCGCCGACGCAGCCCAGCCCCCAGUCCCGCCGCCACCCCUCCGGAGGCCAAGCGGGCCAAGCCUCAGCAGGACGGAGCCCUGCGGCCCGGCAGCUGGGCUGGGGCGGGUGGCGGUGGGGCCUCCGAUGGCGAAGGCCGUCCGGCCUCGCAGGGCGCAGUACGGCCGGCCGAGCAGAUGGAGAUCAGGCCGCUGCAGCGCAUGGCGCGUGAGCCCGACGUCGAGCACUACAAGGGCUACCACAGCUACGCCGUCAGGACCUCCCCGGUCUCCCCCACUGCGGACUAUGAGGAGGAGCCGCACUCUGAGCGUGGGCCGCCAUCCCCGGAGCCCCAGAGAGAGCCUCAGCGGCGCGGGGGCACCCCGGUGCCCACACAGGAGCCCGCGGAGAGGCACGCGCCCCAGGCGGAGGCCAAGGCGGAGCAGCCGCAUCCCAAGGAGCUGAAGUAGCCCAGGCAGCGGCCCAGCCCCGAGCACAAGGCAGUGAGCAGGAGCGAGCCCGCUGCUGACAGAAAGACUGAGGGCCGGGCGCCAGGCCGGACGGAGCACAAGGCGGGGGCCAAGCGGAGCCCGGCCCCGGCGGUGGCGGUGGCAGCAGCGCAGGACGCAGAGGAGGGUGAUGAGGGACCUAUCACAAUUGUGAUCUGCAUGGUCAUCUUACUGAACAUUGGUCUGGCCAUCCUAUUUGUACAUUUUUUGACAUGAGGUCCCCCUCGGACAAGGCGUUGCUGCUCACUGAGACCAUGGACCUUGGUGGGGAUUUAAUCUCAGUCACCUGGAAACACCUAUGAGAAGGACUUGAGAUCCCAAGGUUGCACUGCAAACAUGAACCUUAAG